AUGGUCACCGAUGCCGUACCAAGUCUCCGCAUACGCUGCGCCGGCGUGCGCUCCAAUAAGCGCGCUUUACUACCACCUGAUAACGGUCGUAUAUUCUUUAGUGAAUCGCAGUAUUCCAAGUCGCCUUUUCUCGUACGUGUGAGCUUUGAUAGCGUGAGCUUUGUACACCGCGGAACACACGUCGUGGAGCGGCGUUUUGUCUUCCCUGGGCGCGUUCUGCACGCUGUACUGGCGGAUUUCUCUUCAAAAGUCUUGACAAAUACAAGACAUGAUAUAGAUGAGUCAAGGAGGGGUCAGAGACAGCGAAAACUGCCGCGACGGUCCCAAAACCACCCUCAUUUGUGUGUUUUGGUGCGUUCUGACUGCUUAAAUGUAUACUCUGCAGCUGGAGAAGUAUUUGAAGUAGCACUGCCUUUUCAAGCCAAUCGUCUCUUUCCAAUGGAAAGACGAGGUCUGCUGUUGCAACGCAGUCCAGCGGUCCAGAUCCCAGCCACCCCAUCGAAACGACCGAGAGAUGCUGCAGCUGUGGCUCUCGCCAGGAAAAACCGACGAGCAAGCACGAGUAAUCGAGGAGAUGGAGACAAGUACAAGUAUGGCUUGAUGGAGACGGGUGUACCGGCGAGACCGCGGUAUUUUACGCUCAGACAUCCACUUGAUGAAGUUAAACCAGUGGCGCUGCGUUCGAACAAGAGAAAUACAACAGGGGCGAGAAAGGAGACAUUUUUAUCCGACUCGGCAUUGGAUGUUGUGGCUGUACUAGAGGAUGGAAUAUCGUCUCUGUUGGUGGCUUUUCAUUGCUGGGAGCAGAGAUAUCAUGUGUUUCAGAUGAAUAUAGUGGAGACGAAAUCCAAGAGCUGCUCGAUACCAACUGUUAAAGUGGUUGAUGGACCGACGUGGACGAGAUACCGAGCAAAGAGUGAUUUGGAGGAGCUGCGAGUACGCAUUGAGCCUGAGUGGCUGGCUGUGCUGCUGUGGAAGUCUCCUCGAGUUGGACCAGCGCCUUUACAGCCGACGCAUCUGUCACCGAUUCUUUCGUCUCCUCUAAUGACUACUUCUUCUAUCCCGCCGUCGCCCUUAACUUCCAAUGCAUCAUCAAUAUCGUCAGGAAAUCUUAUGAAGGGGGCGUUUAUUGCUUCAGAUAUUGAUGGCUUUCCGCUGCUGUGCAUCAUGGACAAAGAUUCGGGAACUCUACUCCUGAAGCCUCUUUCACAGCAAGACAGUCCUACAGCGGAAAAUGACCACGAAACUAAUGGCGUUCGUAUCUUGCAUUGUCGUGAUGCUGUUCCCAUCCGGCAGAAUGAUGACAGAAGAUCGUGUGAAGGUGAAGUGGACAUCAAAGGCCACGGCUUUGAGGGAUUCAUCGAUAUCGUAGUGCUUGAAAAGACUGGUGUGCUCAUGUUGUAUAGGGCAUACCAUCCGAUUUGUCGCCUGACUCUUCCUGGCAUGGAGCGUGAUGAUCUCGCUAUAGACAUUCCAAAUGAGGAUGGCUCAGAUAGAAUGCGGCUAGUAGGCAAUGUCCAGCUACACUCUGUUGGCAUGUGUGAUGCCUAUGAAAUUGUGUUUCCAAAUUUGUGUGGUAGCUUGAGUGGAACGAUAUGGCGAUGCAAGCAUCCGCUAACGAUUGUGGGCUCUCCAUUGCUACAACAAGUUUUUGAGGUGCUGGACUGCAUAAUCCCACCUACGAUAUUGUGCGCGUUUAAAGCACAAGUAGUUUACAGAGCACAGCUGAAAACUCAACGUGCUUCUGAUGAUGACGAACUUGUGGAUGGUGGAAUUGAGUGGCAGACAUUCUGUGAACACGUCAUCAGUCUGCUGCCGAGGCAGGGCAGCAAUAACAAUGAAAUGUUGUCAUCCGUAGUAGAUGGAUUGGCCUCGGAUGAUGGAGAGAGAACUGGUGCUCCUUCGUGCUCAUCAUCUUUUGAUGCGCUUAGCCAGAGUGAAUAUCAUGACAUGUACCAAUAUGAGCAUGCUAUGCUUUUUGCCACAAUGGAGCUGCCAGUCGCGAAGUCCUUCGGGCGCAGCCCCAGCGACGAUCGUGAGAGUAGCAACAAAAAUGCCAACAAUAAUGCCCAAACUAAUGAGAAGCGGGUGUGCUCCAGAAUCGAAGAUUAUGUGAAGACCAUUUUUGUGGGACUUCACUUACUUAGCGAAGAAUUCAAGUUGUCAAUUGCGCUCUUUCAGCAGCGAUUGCAUCUUGUGAGCCUGUUGUUGGAUAUGGGAUUGCUGCUGGGUUUCGGUCAUUUUGUCACCUACUAUCGAGAGGACAAUUGCAUCCUUAAACAAAGAGUAAGGUCGCCAGCGUUGGAAUUUCAGUCCAAAAAGCAAACAGAAGGGUUACUCUCUUUUACUAUGUACGGGUGUGUCCCUGAUGUAACAGUGUGGCUUCAAACUAAGAUGACAGCACGGACAGACAAGUUAAUGGAUUUUCCCACACUUUUGGAUGAUUCAGAACACCAUCCGCUUCCUAGUGGUUGCUUGUUUCGACGUCCUGACAAUCCGCUUCGGCGCACUCGAGCGAUGUGUCGUGCAUACGAGCUCAUGUAUCCAAUCUCAGAAGAAGGUGCUCCUCACUUACCCACCGCGCAAUCGAAUGCAUUCAAGCUGAUUGUUUACCUCACUCAAGAUCCCGUUGGUAGUGCUCUUUUGCUGGACGAUCUCCCAGUUGGUCUAAGCUUUCCUAUUCUUCAAAGCAUUCGCCAAGUGAAGCAUCAUCCGCCACCUUUCAUUACUGAAGACAUCUGUGCAUUCGUGGGACGGGAAGAUCUCAGUAUUGCAAGCGCAGAAAAUAUGGCUGUUGAUUACUCUGGAAUCAACCAACAGCAUGAUCUUGCAAGUAGCUCAUGCGAUCACAGUGUUCAAUCACAAGAUGAUAUUCGCGAUGACUGUGACGGUUUGAAAUACAUCAUAGGUCGCAGUCAACCGCUCUUCCCUGCUGAUCAGAGGAUGAAGGAAGUUGCUCGACUUCUUCGCUCAAGUCAACCUCUCUGUUUGAGAUUAGAGAAGACGCCAGAUUUGUCCGAACUAGAUUAUGCACAGCAACAGCAAGCUCGAUUGCUGCUACUCUGCAAACGAUCUAUGGCGCUGUCUGUAGCACGCGGUAUGGUUACGCUUGGUAGCUUUGAUGUUUCUGCUGCUCAAACACAAAUAUGGCGGCUUCAUAUUCCUGCGUUGCCUCUUGCUGGACGAAAGCCGCCUGCAAAUGCGAUUGCGGAACUUGAUCUAUCCGGCUACGCGAAAGAGUUAGCAUAUUGGCCUCAAUUUCACAAUGGAUGCGCCACAGGCCUUCGGCUUCCGGCUCAUGACCUGUCUGGAGUUAUUAAUCGUCACUGGAUAAAAUACCAUCGGCCCUCGGUCAAUGAAUCUUUGCAACAAAACUCAGGUGUAACUACUACGAACGGACAGGCAGCAGCAACCCGGUCAGGUGAUACUACCACUCGCAAUCUGGAAGAGGCUUAUGCAGCCCAUGCGGGGUUAUUGUUGGGAAUAGGUCUACGCGGUCAUCUCAAGUGCUUGUCCAUGGCUGACGUAUACAACUACUUGUCGCUGUCAAAUGAGUUCGUGACUGUCGCAAUCAUGCUCGGUAUGGCUACCACGGCUGCGCACUGUCGACGCAAGCGUAAGCAGCAAGCCGCAACAGCGAGCCCUGUCACGAAUAAUGAUGGCGACCAAUCUCUACCAUUAGCAAACGAAGGCGCAGAUGCACCGUCGCUAGACGCAGACCAUCUCUUCUCCGGUUUCCCUGAGCUUUCAUCGUCGGACAACACUCCGCUACUUGGGACAGGAUUAGAGCUAGCGUUGGAGCGGUCGGUAUCCAAGAUGCUGUGUCUUCAUGUUCCGUCAUUGCUACCACCACCAUUCGGAGGGUUUUCAGUACCUGCGUCCACUCAGACAGCAGCAUUACUGGGACUGGGCAUUUUGUACCAAGGAACGGGUUACCGUUUGAUGACAGAGCUGUUGCUCACCGAGAUAGCACGUUCUCCAUCGAGCUCGCAAUUUGUGGGAAGCAACGGUAAUGUAGGACUAUCGACGGCUUCAUUUGAUCAGCUGGAGGGGUAUGCUUUAGCGGCAGGUAUGGCGCUUGGCCUUGUCGUACUCGGGCGCGGCCAGACCACAACAGGAGACCCUGGACUAGCCGACUUGAAGCUGGAAGAAAAGCUUCACCAGUACAUUGUCGGAGGUGCGAUAAACUACCGGGAUCUAAAUGCGGCUGGAAGUUGCCUUUAUCGUGGACGUCGCUGGCAAGCGUUUGCCAGUGGAAGUAAUGGUUUUAACUUUGCGGUUAAUAGUAGCGUCGCUAGUAAUGAAUCGCCAAAUGUCAACACAGAGGCCUCUCCUGGCGCUGGACGUGAUACAAAACAUUCCAAUGAUCGGAAUGGGGCUCGUGGUGGCGGCGAACAUGUAAAUAUUGGGGUGACUGGCUGCGCAAGCGCUUUAGCACUUGCAUUCAUGUACAUGCAGAGCGACAACAAGACUGUGGCUGCGCAAUUGGCGGUUCCUGAUACUCUUACUCUCCUGGAUUAUGUUCGUCCCGACAUCUUGUUGGUGCGUACACUGGCAAAAAAUCUAGUGAUGUGGAAUAGCAUACUACCAACGACAGAAUGGAUAGAUCAACACGAAGUCCCGGCACAGCUUUAUCAAGCGUACAAAUGUAUUCAGGAUACAAAAGGAGAUGCUAACCAAGCGCAUUUGAGUGGAUCACCAUCACGUUCUGAUCUCCGCUCAAUCUGUGAGGCUUAUGCAAACAUUGUUGCGGGAGCGUGCAUGAGUAUCGGAUUGCGGUAUGCUGGAACAUGCAAUACAUCAGCUCGUGCCACACUUCGCAAGUACGUUUUACACUUUCGUGAGCUAAGAUCGAAGGUGUCUUCAUCGUUAUCCUCAAUGCUUCUGCGUGGAAGUAGCAGUAUUGUUGCUGCAGCGACGGAACGAGCGACCGUCGAGCGGUGCUUAGCAGUGUGUGCGCAGGCACUAGCUUUGGUUGAUGCUGGAACAGGUCAUAUAGAAACACUCGCACUUCUGCGCUCGAUCACGCUGCGGCAACGAGUUGACGCAGCAAUAAGCUACGGAAAUCAUAUGGCUCUGAGUAUGGCAAUCGGAUUGCUUUUCAUAGGUGGUGGGCGCGCAACUGUUUCUCGAUCCAAGGAGGCUAUUGCAGCACUUGUGGUCUCACUCUACCCGAUGCCUGCAAUGAAUACUGCUGACAACAAGUUCCAUCUGCAAGCUUUCCGUCACCUCUACGUACUGGCUGUUGAUACUUCACGAUUACUGGAAACCGUGGAUGUGAGUACCAAGUCUACCACUGCUGUUACAGUACGAGUUGACUUUUUUCCUAUCGAAAAUGGUUCUUUAGACGAGACUCAACCUUCGUAUCAAGUGCUGCGCAGUCCAUGCCUUCUUCCCGAUAUUACAACUAUUAAGCGCCUCAUCAUCUCUGAUCCUGAAUUUUAUCCGAUUGAAAUUCUUACGUCGCCAGUAUCUGAUGAACGAACAGGGAAAGUAAGAACAGCUAACUCUCUGCGGCUUGAUCUUUUGCGGAACAAGAAUGUGGUUUUUCUUAAACGUCGACCACGAAAAGGUUUCGGAAGUUUUGCUAGUUUUACCGAGGAGCUUGAGCUGCUGCAUGAAGUGCACGUGGGAGAUCACAAUGGCGUUAGCAACAGUGACGAUCGUUUGUGUAGAAUUUUUCGGUCAUACUUUAUGACGGGUACUUUCGGUUAUGCGGACGACUGUGACGCUAGCGAGGACGAUGGAUACCAGCUAGAUGUCGCAGAUUGGGGAAGCAGUUGGUGGUCCACUCAGUUGAGUCCACGAUCGUCGCUGGAACAAGUCUACGACGAGGAUCAGUUGUUGCUACCAUCACAUUUAAAUGUGUUGUAUGCGCUCUUCCGGCUGCAGCAAGUGCCACAAUUGGCAUGUGCCACCGAGGUCGUGAAUUUGAGCCUGUUUCGUGAAUACUGUCGUCUGGAUUUGUGUUCAUCACCAACGAGUGAUGACAAAGAGGGUUCUGAAGGCAUAAACGGAUCAGGAUUUAUUGUGAAGAGAACUUUGCUUCUUGAGUUCGGUGUGUGGUUGUCACAUCAAACGGAGGAAGCUCUAGGUGCGCUGUGGCACCGAACCUCGUUGGAUAUUACUUCGAUGGCUUCAGCACGAGUCCAUCUGCUGGUAGAGGCUACACCGUCGAUGUCGCCCCCAAAACGAGCUCAAUCCGAAAUGGAUGCGUUUUUCGUAAACAUCCUAGUCCGAUACUUUGCUGGUCCUUCGGUGUCGUCGUUACCGAUCGUAAAGCAGCCUCGACCUGCUGAUAAAGAUUGGAAAGCCAAGUUCCAACGAGUCCUGGCCGCGUGUUCACUAGUCCAACCCCAACUGGCGGGCACAACUUCGCCAGCACGAUUCCAAUUGUGUGCUUUUCUCGAUCAGGAUGAGCUUACACAAGCUGAGAAGACAUUUUGGCUAAGACUGGUGUCAUUUUUCCUCUUUUCCAGUCAGCAUGAUGACGGAUGA